ACUGCCCGCUCGCAUCGACGCCUCUGCAACUCGCGUGUAAUACCCUCAAAAUGCUUGCGUCCCGAGUUGGGGCAGCGGUUUUCUUACUUCUGGUCACGACAGUUAAUGGGCUACAUUUUUACUUGGAUGCAAACGAGAAGCGGUGCUUCAUCGAAGAACUCCCUUCAGACACGGCAGUCGAGGGACACUACAAAGCACUUGAAUGGAAUGAUCAGGCAAGAGAGUACGUCCUCCAGCCAGAGCUUGGCAUCCUGGUAGAGGUCGAGGAAAUGGAGACUGGGGAGAAUGUUGUGAAGACUCGCGGUCCCCCCGAGGGCCAGUUUACGUUCACUUCGCACGAUGCAGGUGACCACUCCAUCUGUCUCUCCACCAAUUACACUUCGUGGUUUUCGAGCACACACGUCAAGCUCUAUCUCGACAUCAUCGUCGGCACGGUCAAACCAGACAUUGAGCAGGACCGCAGUCACGUCUCCGAGUUGGCUUCCAAGGUCCGUGACCUGAACCAAAAGUUGGAGGAUAUCCGGCGAGAGCAGCAAUAUCAACGUGAGAGGGAGAUAGACUUUAGGAAUUUGAGCGAGGCUACGAAUUCGAGAGCUGUUUGGUAUAGUCUGAUGCAGAUCGUGGUGUUGGUUUUGACGUGUACGUGGCAACUCAAGCAUCUCAAACGUUUCUUCCAAGACAGGAGCUAGGCCGUUCUAUAGCAUAUAGUAUUUUGGGGAAUAAUGAAUUGUAUUCAUUCGUGUUUGGUACAUUUGCGCCGUGCAACGUUAGGGUCGAUUUAUCCGCCCUUGCAACUUCGACCGAGUGUCGGACCCAUUGCUGGUUAUGUAGUGCAGUGUUGUAGGGUCCAUGUGGCCUGCUUUC